GGGGUACAGUCGAGAUACCAAGCUCUGUGCGCUGCAGUUACAAUUGGCAAAGGCCUUGGGCCAGAUAUUUGCACCAAAUCGACGAGAGCAAUGUUGCAUCUCCACGACAAGAUGGACGAGGCAGAGGAGUCGCUGCUGGAGACUCAGAGAGAGCGAACGAAUGCACGCACACACUCCAAGCGCAGACACCUCCAUACAAUUCGCCAGCAUCCAUGUGUUGCCAUAUACAUAUUCCUCCUCCAUGUUAUGAUUCUUAUUCUACUGUUCAAAGAUGUCUUCUCCGCCUUGUCGAAGGCCGGACGAGAGCCGUUCAUCAUAUUCCCCGAGUUACGCUCGCUUCGACACGUUCUGAAAGUGGUACACGCAACGAACCACUCUGAAUACAGUAGAUUUUCCGGGCCGCCAAGUGCAUCCAACGCCGCGGCCUGGGAGCACCUUCUGCAACCCCUAUACUUCAACGCUUCCGAGGCAGAGCUCCUAGCAGCGGGUAGUUCUCCCGCGACAGCAGUCAAGGUGAAGAAUGGGGGUUACAUUGCAGCUCUUGGAGCGUAUCAUGAAAUCCAUUGCCUCAAUCGCCUUCGCUACUUCCUUUACUCUCGGCAUGAUGCAGAGAACAUGACCCGGGAGGAAGAGGACAUGGUCACAGACCAUCUAGAUCACUGCAUCGAGGUCCUCCGCAUUUCAGUAAUGUGCACAGGCGACCUUAGCCUGUACACGUUCACAUGGCCAGAGAACCCGAAGGCCAAGUUUCUGGAUGCGCAUUCAACGAGUCCCAGAAAAUGUGUUGACUGGGAUCAGUUGGAAAGCUACGCAUGGAAAAGGAAGGUUGGACUGGCUCCGACCCUGAUAAAGGAUGUAGAGGACAAGGUCGGAAAUCAAUCUUGAGCAGAUAGAUUCAAUCUAGGCCUCUCAUGCAUUUGCCUGUUCGUAUACUUGUAGUAAUGCAGUUUCAUCGAGUAGUCAAAUCACG